GUGCGUAAAAAAGAGGAAGCAAUAACUGACAAGAGCUGACGGGAAGAAGAAGAAAAAAAUCAAUCUGAUCUUCACUGAUCUAAGGUCUGUGGGAGGCUUGUAGUGGAGGGGUUCAAAAACAGAAACUGAUCCCAGGUCUGUGAGCACGAGGGAUCUCUGUUUGCCAAAGGGGAUGAGGACAAUUUCCGCUCCACUUGUGUAUCCUCCAGGCAGCUACAGACACGACAUAUAAACACAAGGUAAGACUAUUGCCUAUUACUCUAUGACAAAACUAUACUAUGAAUAUAAUCACUAAAAUAUCCAACAUAAAAAGAAAAAGAAAGAGAGUUGUUUUCCACAUUUCUGUAUGCUGCAUGACAUGUGCUGAGGUGAAAGUGAAAGUAUUUUUCAGGGAAUGUGUAGAAGUUUCUCAGCUUGGUUGUUUGACGCAGUUUAAACACUCGACUGGAGAUAUAUAAUCAAUCAAAACACAGAGGGAAGUAAAUGCGCUCUACCAAUGCAAGGAAAGUAUGAAGCAUUUAAAACAAACAUUCGGUAAACAAGAAUACAACAAUGUGACAUGAAACUGUUGACAUAAAAAGUUGUGUAAAAUAAGUAUCCAUGUGUAUGAACAAAAAAAAGGUUGCAAAAGCAGAAGUUAGUUGUGACCACCUCCACACUUCCUUGAAUUUAAGUCUCCUACACUCCGUCCACACACAGAUACACAAACACACAAAUGUCAUAUUUUACUGUGUUCGUUUAACAGGGCCUGGUUACCCCAAGCAACAAGAGGGGCUUAUCAGCUGCUCCCUCACUAGCUGCACUGUUAUCAGCCUGGCCUAGUUCACACAUACACACUCUCUGCCCCUUUCUGUCAAACACACCCGCACUCUCUCUAUCUCACUCUCCUUCACACACACACAUAAACACACACACACACACACACAUAAACUGGGGAAUGAAUGUUAUGGGGGCUUAUCAGUGUCCUUCGGGGCCUGGCAGCCACUUCACAGACUCAGAUCGCAGCGCCGAGGCCACAGAGACAAACCUAUGUGAGCAGAGUGCUGAUGAACACAGGCUGUGUGCUGUCAGGGACGCACUCUGUAGAAGCUGCAGGCUGCAGGGCACGCUCACAAUGAACAUACACACCAACAAUGAACUUGUACACACACAAGGCACAAUGGCUGCCAGGGGUGGAUACCACUCAAAGCAAGAAAACAGGACGACUACAGAUGUUUUGUAACGCUGUGAUAUCACUUCAGCAGACUCUCGAAGUCUGUGAAACACUGUGUUGUGUACUACAUAUGUGGACUCUCAAAUAAGCGGGGCAGCUUUCCAAUCUGGCACUCAGAGCCUGAUUUACAGGUUAGGAUGUGGGGAGAAGUUGGUAAUUAUAAGUUUAUGACACUUAGUUUGGUAUGCAACCUGAAACUGUCACAAUAGAUAUUAAAGAGUAAUUAAAUUAUAUAACCUAGAUAUACUGUCAUACAAUAUGAUACAGUAUGGCACAAUACAAACAUUAAGAAACUCGAGGUUAAAACAUGAUACAACACCACACAAUAAGAGUUGCUGCAACACUGUACAGUAACAUACAGUACCAUACCAUCUGAUACAGGAUGACAACAUUCAUUCAUUCAUUCCUUUAAUAAUUCUAAAAAGGGCAUUGAGGUUUCUCCAAUUUCGACUGUUGUCAAGAUUACAUUAAAUUAAAAUAAGAAAAAUGAAAUAACGCGCACAAUCAGACAGGAAAAAAAAAAACAUUCAAAUCAAUUCAAACAGUCAUGGUCAUGACUUGAAACACAGUGCUGAGAGAUCAAAGAACAAGAAGUUCUCUCUGCAAGAAGGAAGAGCUUUAAUCUUCAGUGUGUGUAUUGGAGGGUACUUCAUGAGUUUGGGGCAUCAAAGGGAAAUGCAGAUUUACCAAGUUCAGUGUUAACACGAGGGACUUUGAGAGCCAGCCAAUCAGAAAAACAAGUCAUGUAGGCUUCAUAAUACCACUCCAACAGGUUUGUGAUACAGGGAGGCAGCUCAGCAAUGAGGGCCUUGAAAAUCUGUAGAUACCCUUCUCUGUUGUUCAGCGCCAAAAGAUACGGUACAAUAUAAAACAACACCAUAUGAUACAGUACAUCUGACACAACAGAUUAGAAAACAGCACAGCCAAUAUGAUGCCCACUCAAUAUGAUACCAUACAAUAAGAUCCAACACGCUAAAAUACAAAAUGGUAUGUGCUAAUCUACCCUACAGUAUGGUACAACACGGUAAGAUACAACACAAUUGAGUACGAUACACCGGAUACAAUACAAUAAACUACACAUGAUACCAAAAAACUUUACCGUCUUCUGUUGGUAAUUUUACUUUACAAUGCCUAUAUAGUUGUGCCCAUAAGUAUUAUUACUACCUGGCUUUCCUGUUUUUACCCUGUCUGUGUGAAAUACUGAUUUCUGAUUGGUCAAAACUGCCUAACAAUGGAGAUAACAUGUUAUUUCAUGUUGGAAUUCUUAAUUCAAGUUUUUGUCAUGUUGUGGCAAAACGUGUUUUUUUGUGGACCAAAGCUGCUGGACUAAAUGAUACUGAUGUUUUAAUGUUGGAUACUCUCCUGUAAUCCAGAAGAGCUGUUGCCAGAGGGAUGUUGUGGAAAUUUACAUUAUCCUUGGUAACCAGUUGAAAAACUAUAUUGCACAUAAUUCACAUUGCAUAUCUCACACAGGAGCAAAAAAACAUAAAUCAGUGAAAAAAUAUUAGGCGGCUUUAUUGCACACUGGCUUAGGCAACAUACUUGAACAUUUGAAUAGAGGUGAGAACAAAUAAGAUUUUAAAAUCUGUUAAAUCUAUAUCAUCUGCCUAAAGGUGAAAUCCCUAAUUGGGAGUGCUGCCUGAUUGCUGACAGAUUAUUUAAUAAUAAAAUUAAUCAUUUCAAUAACAUAGUGCAAUGACAUUCCAGAUUUACAUCCCUACAUAUACCCCUACUAUCAUAAAAGCCGUAGGUAAAUAAAUGCGAGUAUUUAAGAUGCUGAGUUUUGUUGUUGUUGUUGUUGUUGCCAGAAAUGACAUGAACAAUUAAUUUGUUUUUAAAACUGUGAAAGAUGCUGUUUCAGUUCUCAUCUCUUAUGUAACCAGGAUUUGAAUUAUGCAUGCGGAACAUUGUUUAAGGCAGGGACUAUUCAUCCCCUUUUACUCUUCUUUAAAAAGUAAGCCAUUCCAUAUUUCAUUCCUUUCCUAUGUAAACCGUCGAGCUCCAAACAAACUGAAACAUCAGAGGAGCUGUAAAUGAGCGAGCCAUGCAGAGCUGGCAGAGAUGUUGGCAGCGGUCUAUAGCAGGAACUCAGGAAGCGGAGCCUCCUAACUGAGCUGUGCUUCCUGUGUGAUAACUGACCCAAACAUGUUGUGCCUCAAUUAAACACACACACACAUAUAAAGAGGAGAAGACGCACACACUUUCUUUGUCUGAAAAAUCCAGGGAGGAUGAGACUGUUUAACCAAAAAGAGGAUUAAUGGGAUUAAAACGUCGGAGCUGAAUAGUUUUAUUUAACUCUUUGGAAAGUUACUUGUUCACUAUGAAACUAAAUGCGAGCAUUUACCUCAACUGAGAGGAGCUGAAGGUGAGUGCAGGUGUCUUUACAACUUACAUUUGACUACAAAGAGGAGGUGGCCACUCAGCAGCAGAAGAAAAGACUUAAUUCACUAAAGCGGGUAAUUUAAACCUAAGAGAUACCUUAAAAUGAAGGUCAACAAAGCAGGAAUGUUCUGCAGAAAAUAAGAGAAAAAUGAUUUAAAAGAGGAGUUGGUGUUUUCUCCAAACUCAUGUUUCCAGGAAUGUGUGUAACGCCCCUUAAACCUUGAAUGUUGUGCAAAGACAUGAUGUUUCAAGUUCAAUACCAGCUGCCUCCCCCUCCUCGCACCACGCACACACACACACACACACAUACACACGAACACAAAGCUAGGGCAGGCGCACAUUGCAGUGCAAAUGCUUCCUUCCUGUUGCUGGUUUGGCCUCUUUUAGUAGCAAGAUAAGAGCAAAAGAACGAGAUAAAGUAAGAGGGAAGAGACUUAACUGUGCUGCCUGCUGUGAAACUGAUCACAUUUCUUUAUUUAGACAUUUUUUAAAAAGUGGAUCUGGUAACCACCUGACAGUCUCCUGCAGGUGUUGUUUUUUCACCAAGUGUUUUGCCUCCAACAGCUCUCAAACUUCCCCAGCUUACCACUAUACCUCUCAAAUUUGUUCUUGUUUCUCUCUCUGGCAGGUUCAGUCAGACCACAGGACAGUUUAGCAGCCCCCACUUCCUCAUCGAGAGCUGAAGCAGAGUUUCCUGUGACGCCUCUGUGUCUCUGGUCAAUUAUUUCACUCACAUCACUCCUGCUGUUUAGCAGUGCUGCAUGGGAAGUGACCGGCCUCUUCAGUUGUCAGCGGAUUUGCUCCGAAACUGGACCUACCUGGACACAAAAACAUAUCAGACCGGUUUAGUUAUUGACAGUAUUCACAGAGGGGCUGCGAUGCUGUUUAAACACAGUUAAAGUCGUGUGUGGAUUUGAGAUUUGAAGCCAUGCUGCAGCAGUCAGAGCUCAUCUUUGACUUUGCCAGUGAUCAUGUGAACAUGUCACAGGUAAGCAGUGAUGGGUUAUUCAAGCAGAGCUGGCACAAACAGUCCCACAGAUAUCUGACCAAUUGUAAUCUGAUCUAAUCUAAUCCUCUGUUUUUGCCUUGCAGCUGGGGUGUUACUCAGAUUACCCUGCGGUGAUUGUGGAGCAGGUUCCCCACCCACACCUGCUCUCCUAUGCAGGUUUAGCGUGUGAACAGACACAGACAGAGCAGGACCACCAGCAGCUGCUCAAAGGUCAGUGCACACAAUACACACACACACACACAGACUUUAGUUGCACACACGCUCACACAUACAAAGUCCUGCUUUUAUUGGUCACAUUCACAUUUCAUUAUAGAGGUUCGCCUGCUGUCUAGUCACCUGUUUUACAGCAGUCUGAACCUUUGUCAGGUACCUUUUUAAUUGAGUGAGCUUCAUACAGACUUAGCGUCUAUUUUUGGCAGGAGUGCUUUCUGUUGAAUCUGUCAAAUCAUAAAGUGCAUAUGGUUUUUAAUGCCGGCUUUAUGGGGAUGAAUUACAUGCUCUACAUUAGUUUACAAAGAUUAAGACUUUUCAUUGGGACUUGCCAAAAGUUAGUGGUGAAAUUGUUAAAGUAAAAAAUUUUCCAGCCCUUUACUAAAUGCAUACAGAUUUGUAAGUUAAGGUAAUAUUUAAAGUUUGAAAAAACGCAAAGAUGUUCAUCUGGAGGUGUCAGUCAAUUGUUUUGUGGUGAUUUGAUCCGUGUUUUUAUAGUUUAUCUUUAAUGGCUUGCAAAAAUAUAUCAAUUCUGGGCUGCAAGACAAAAGUUAAACAUAGAUGUGCGCAUGUCCUGAGUAAACAUGCUUGCAUAAAUGUUACCCACUAUACUUUUUUUGGUUGUUUUCUCAAGUCCUCCAUUUUUUCCUGAUGAUUUGUGGAUAACAAAACUUGUUUAUCCUCUCAUCCCAUAAUAAUAGGAUAAUUUACUGGCAAUCUGUGUCGAAAACUAAACUAUAGGCUGGUCUGGGCAGGUCAAAUUGAUUUUUAGGGCCACUGUCAGUCAAACGCCCUAAAAAUUGCUUUAACUUUUCCCCUCUUAUGGCAUCCCUAAGUUAGGCCCAUUUUUGUUUUGAGCCUUGCAGAUCAGAAGGAAUGAAUUAUGGUCAUUUAAUGAUCAUAUAAAAUCUUUAGGAAAAAUCCUAAAUAAAAAUAAGAUAAACCUUUAUUCAUCCUAUCGUGGGGAAAUUUGCAAAUCACCUAGAGAAAACGGAAUAGAUAAGAUGUAUGGAUGUACAUGUGCUUAAAGUUUCUAUAUCAGCUGUAUUUUCUCGGCUUGUUUGAUAGCGCAUCUUUAUUAAGGGGAAACUAUGAUGGAAGAAUCAGAAUCAGGUUUAUUUUCAAGUAGGUUUACACAUAACCUAUAGAGGAUUUGUCUUGGUGUUAUCCGCUAAAAUAAAGGAUGCAAAAUAGGAAUAGAAAUGGAAGUAGAAAUAUACAGAAUAGCCAGACAUAAAAGGCUUUAACAUCAAUAAUAGACUGUCCUCUCUUUGUAGUGGGGAGCUGUGCAAAUGUGCAGGGAGGUGCAGAAAAAUGAGUGCCAAAUUUAGCUGUGCAGGCGUGAACAAGUCAGUGUGUAGCCUUCUGUGAGAAGUCAUUUUUGGGUCCUGUGUACUUCUGUAAAGCAAUAGUCAAAUCCUCAAGAUCACUGUCAUGUCAAGUCAGAGCGUGAGAGUCUUUGUCGGGGGUGGAGGUCAAGUGAGGCCAGGACACAGUUUUAUCUUAUCUCGUGUUGGUGUCAUUUUUAUCCAGCUUCAUACCAAAACGCCCAAACGGGCCCACGUACUGCACGCCUGACUCCACUCCAAGGUUUUGUAUUGCACUUGUGAUUGAGCCUUUUUCAGUUAAUGAAGGCAGCCUGGUUCUGCACAUGCGCAGUCGUAAACUUAGCACAUGGACGGACCACCCUCGGCAAAUAUUCAGGAAGUGAAACAAAACAUCCCAGGGCUGGCUUGUGUCUGGGAAAGACAGCUAAUGAAUCAUAUUAGGAUGUAGACGUGGUCAUCUCGGGCUACAGCACAUAUGCUAUGGCUUGUUGCUCAUCAGUGCUGGGAGUAAAAAGUAAGUUUUACGACCUUUUCGGGAUGUUUCUCGGACGUUUUUCUGGUUAAAGCUAACAGUGGAGAUUGGGAGCGAGGGGCUCGUCUAACGUUAGCUAGCGGUCAGUGCACAACAACCGCCGCACACACCGUCAGAUAUGGACAUUUGACUGUAAGAGUGCUGUCGAGUUUAGGACAACAACUUACCUGUUGAGGUUCCUUUAAAGGAGCUGCUUGUUUGAUCAAGUUUCUAAGUGGUUUUGGCUUCGACAGAGAGAGUUUGAGCUCAAGGCAACAAGCAGCUGUUCACUAGCAGAUGUUUUUAUCUGCCUAAGAGCCUCCUCACAAUACGCUGCGAAUAGAUAACCAUGGGCAUGAUUGUCGACAGAUGUGGUUGAUUAAAUAACUCAUAGCUUCCUGUAAAGUUGUUUAUAACACAACAGUACUUCGGGUUGUAAAUGAAAAAGAAAAGAAGUAUUUAUGUGUUUUGACUCUGCACUGUAAUUAAGUUUAAUGAGUGGAGUAAAAAAGUAGGUCCACCUUGCUGGUUUGAGCCGAGAACAGAUAGCUUGUAAUAACACUACUGUUCAGUCAUCCAAAUAGGUCACCCAAGAGUCGGUUUACCUUGAGUCACUACAAACUCAAGGUGCCUUUCUCACUUGAGUGCUCAUUCUAAAAUAAAACACACAUGCAGUAAAAUACAUGGGGCUUCUUGGGGGGGGAGACCGGGGCUUGUUGUCACACGGGUAAGUUGUCACAUUGCAAUCAUCUUUACCACAAGAGGGUGCAACUAAAAAGUGGAACACUAGUUUUCUUCCUUUACAUGGUCAGGGGUUGUGUCCUGUCUGAGAAGAGAAGAGCACAUUGUGUGCUGAGAUGAGUGCCAGUUAACCAUUUCGCACAACCCAAAGUAAAACAAAAACAAAACUUGAUGUCAGGAUGGUCAGGAAGCUUCUUCCAAAUAAAAAUCCUAGCAGUGAUACAUGUUCACUUGUUAGAGGAGUGAUUAAGGCAUCCUGUCAUACCUCAGUCAUUGUUCAGUUUAGUCAUUUUGAGGUUAGUUGUUACAUGUUUAAAAAGGAUUAAAAUUAACAUAGAGAGUCUGCUUAUCAGCAGUUGUCCUAUAAAAAUUUUGAAUUUAUCUUUACAGAAAAAAAGAGUGGUUAAAGAAGAGAAGAAAGAGAGAAAACAUGGUCAGGAAUUUCAAAAGAAAAACAGAACAUGUCAGUGCAGUUCCUGACGUGAUGCUGAGGACAGUCAGGCAGGUGACCCGAGCUAAUAAAUCAAUCUGGAGGACAAUAAAGGACAUUAAUGUCAACUACCAUACCUUGGCUCGGUACUGCAAAACAUUCACCCCAGCCGAAAUACAGAGUCAGACAGCUCUCCAAACUCCAGAGUGUGUUGCAUGAUAUUUUAUGUUAACGUUUGUUCAAUGACUUUUUCCAGCUCAAUGAUGAACAUUUUCUGUGCCUGACUUUGAUGUUCACUUACAUGUAAAAAAUGAGAACAACAAUAAUUGUGUCCUUGUUUUAUUAGCUGCAAAAUCCACUGUGACAUCUUACCCCAUAUAGUGAGACAACUUACCUAAUAGUGGGGCAACAUGUCACAUGUUCACACUAUUUGAUUGCUUAUAACUCUGCACUGACACGAGAUAUGAAAAUGACAUGAAAAUGGAAUAUAUACCUGAGACUUUUGUCUUUCAUCUGGUACACAUUUUGUUCCAAGUAAUAUAUAAGAGUGUAAAAAGUGUGACAACAAGCCCCGGUCUCCCCUAUUUAUUGACCUCUUCGGGUUGCUGUGUCGAAGCCCUAAACAGACAUGCCUGCAUGCAUUUUAAUGAAAUAAUUUUAGUAGUAAUUUUAGUUUUCUGACUCUAAUCCCAACCCACUUAGUGCCAGAUGAUGUUAGCUUGUAUACCCAGAGUUGCAGAAGCAUGAAACAGACUUAGGAUGCAAAGGGUGCACCUGAUAAAGUCAUGACAGCCCAGGAAAAGUAAGACACAUUUGCUGGUUGUGUUUGGAGGAUCAUUGAAAAUGACACAGCCUUCAACAUAUAGCUGUGAUGCACAUGUUUUCUUUAAACAACUGACAAAACCCUGAUACUGCAGGAAACUGCAUGCCUGGUCAUGGCUCCCAUAGGUUUCUGGAUUAUUCAGUGCCAGAAUAUCAUUUAACAUGUUGCAAUGCUCUGGUUUCCCUUUGCUCAGUUUCCAGUUGGAGUCAUUUGCUGCACCUCCACCAUAAACUAUAAGAGUUUGAAAAAUUGACCUUGAGUAUCAGAUCAAAUCCCCAUGGCAUGUCUGUAUUGCUGUUUCCCUCCAAAUCAUCAAGAAAAGAUUAUAUCAGCCAACCACUCUAUCUGACUUUUAGAAAUUCAUACCCUUUACUGGAAGAUAAGUUAAUAAUAUUUAGGGGGAUUUUGUAACAGACAGAGCAAAUACCACAUUAAAAUAGUUAUCAUUGUGAUUAUAGUUGUGAUUAAACCUAUAAUUCUUAAUAAUAGUUUAAUCACAAUUGUACUUGUGGGAGUUUUGCAAAUGAAACUCAAAAAAUGAAUUAUAUGGCACUUGCACUUUAUAGAGAUGGAAUUUAAAAAGUGUUUUUUUUUGUGUGAGAUAAAAUAUCAUGUUUAUCGGUUUAAAAGUACAGUGUGCAGAAAUAGGAAUAUUAGCCAUAUAUUGCAGCCAGACUGAAACGCUCCCCUGUUCACCCCUCAUGUUGGUUAAGCCAGUGUGGCCUUUAAGGUCAACAAGCUCCUGCUACGUAUGAUAAGUAUUGGCCUAUACUUGUGAGGUUUAUACUGUCAAAAAUGACUGCAAGUUUUAUCAUCUUCCCAGUGAGUGGUUUUUCACUGCUUGUGUUUGUUACUAGUUGGUUAGUUCUGUGCUACAGUCAAAACAUAGCAGCAUGGUGGCAACCAUCAAGGAAGUGGACUAUGUUGUGGGUAUUAAAGUCUUAUUAAAAUGAACAAAAACAAAAUGUUUUUAUAGUUUCUAUAAAAUACUUUAAACAUAGUCAUAAAUAUCAUAUUCUCUACAUAGUCUGUUGUUCUUGAUGCUCCUUUAUACUACAUGAGAAUCACUACACCUGCUGAUAGCAAACAGAUAUCUAUGUGCUGGAUUAGAACAAAAUCAUGGUGUGGCAGAAAUAAAUGAUAAGGGUAUAGAUUUAUGCUUUAAUUACAAAUCCCACAGCUUGAGAUUUAGUGGAAAAACAUGUAAGGAUGCUGUUAAAAACAGCCUGGCCUUCAGAUUGAUAUGGGUAACGCCUUUAUUACUCCAGUCCUUGUGGUGAUCAUGAUUGAACAAUACCAGGAAAGCCCAUCCCAGCUCUUCAGCACAGUUAAGGGGGACUGACUGAUCAAGCUGUGGCAGGGAGUCUGAGAUGAUUGGAACACACUGGAAAUCUCUUGAUCUCUUGGAAACGUGUGCUACCUCAAAAGCAGGUUUUGUUGUGCUUACAGCGAAGUGUUGAUAAAACAGUUUAAAAUCUGUCCUCCUGUCGUGUGCUCAGCAGUAAAUCAUGGUUUAUCACGAUGUACGUGGUAGUUUAAAUAAGGUUAAGAAAAAAAUACUUGAGAAGCUGCUGAAGGAUAAAAUUCAGAAAUAGAUUUUUGGCUUUUGACUGGGCCACACCAGCAAAAGAAACAUCUGACAUAUGAAGUUAAUUUAUUUUGUGAAAACCCAGUUGUAUUAAUGUGACAAUAAACAUUUAACAGACACACUCUGAAACAUGUUUUCCUAUUGUAACAGUAACCAUGGCAAUGUUUCGAACAGAAUUAUUUCCCACAAUUGAAAGGUAACAUUUUGUCUAAGUAGGGGAGACGGGUUGGUUGUCUCACUGGUUACACUAUGUCAAUGUGUCUUUGAGGGUUUAUAACUUGCUGCUAAGCCUUACACUAAAUAAUAGACUCAAGAGUAGAAGUGUGACAACAGCCCCGGUCUCCCCUCAUCUCAUUUUUAAUUUCCUCCAUCUCUGCCACCCUCCUCCACCUGCUCAAAGUUGUUUUUCUCUGCCCCUCCCCUCUCUGGUGCUUGUAGUGGAGCCAUGUGAAAGCGGAGAGGAGGAGACCAUGGAGACACUUGUUGCUGCUGACUCACUUCUCAACAUGGACUGCCCUGACUCCCUCUCGCUGGAGCAGCACUACUGUAAGCCCACACACUGGCAUAAAGGCUCUUCACAUGCACACUCUCAGAGUGAGAAUGUCCUGGUGAAACCUCUCCUCCUUUGCUCUUUGAUGCAGGACAUGUCUGACUGCGAGCUGUUAUUUUUAGACAUGCUGGUCAGAGCACUGUUCUCUUUCAUUAAAUCUGUUUAUUCCCCCCUGCAGCCCAGACCUUCUUGCCAUCACUGGGGGAUGUCAUCACUACGCCUGUUACCCAGGUGACCGUGUCAGCAGAGGGGGUUGUGGGACCCUUUGACCAGCCCCAAUGGCACUCCUUACACACAGGGAAGCCUGCAUCACAGCUGCACUCCAGAAAGAGAAGUCAGUCACUAUCAUGGUCAUUGAAACUUUAUUAUGUCAACUGUUCUUAUGUUAAAUAUCAUGUUAUUUUUUGCCACACAGGUAGAAAACCUCGACACAGAAGGGCAGAAUCUCCAACUCCUGAUAUUAAAGUCAAGAAGGACAAAUACAAUAAAGGUAUCAGUACAAUGAAAUACAAGCAAGUCAUUAUACAAAUGUGACUACAUUUCGAUGUGAUGGUAUCAUUUGUAUAGCACCUUUAAUAUGCUGCACUCCCAAAUCAAAGGCUGUCAGAAAAAAAGGCUUCAGCUGUGCAAGAUGCACUGAGAGGAAAUUAAAUUUUUGACUUUGAAACUCUCUGAAAAGGAGACAAUUUCUCUAAAGUGUUUCAUUUCCGUCUCACAAAAUGAUGAGAUCAGGUGAAUAAUACCUGAUAUAUGACCCAAAGUAUUAUUAAUGCAGAUUUUUAAAGCUGCUAUGAGGAAAUAUCAUUUUGUGCAGAUUUUAGCAGCUCGAGUUGUCAAAUGCUAAUUUUUUUUUCUAGUCCUGCCCUCUACAUAUUUAUGAGGUGUUUUCUAAAACAACAUUCAUCCUACCUCAUAGAUAGACAGAUGAAUAGAUGGUUGGAUAGAGAGAUUGAUAGAGAGAAUAGUUGCUACACAGUGCGAAAUUUUGCAGAAAAAUGUGAGAAACAUAAACAAAGACGGUCUCAGCAAUGGGCUGUCAACCUGGUGGCAGCAUUGAAAGGCCUUAAAGGGAUAUUCCGGCGUAAAAUUAAUUUAGGGUCAAACACUGUGACACCGAGUUUAGACACCCCCUCAAGAAAUGAAUGUUGCCGACUGCUUGCUUCUCUAGUUAUAUCAACUUAAGCAAAGACCGCAUAAUAGCAAUACACAGCGGUCUAUGUCUCCACGUGCAAGCCUAAACCAAAAACCUCUGCCCUCUAUAGCCACUAAUAUAGCCACUAUAGCCACAAAUAAUGCUCAGAACAGCACCUAACUUUAUCAAGAGUAAGUUUGUUUAACUAGAGAAGCGAGCAGUCAGCAACAUUAAUCUCUUGAUGGGGUGUCUAACUCGGUGUUACGGUAUGUUUGACCAUAACUCAAUUUUACCCCGGAAUAUCCCUUUAAGAAAAACUAAAAAUUGAAAUUUCUAUCUUGUGGUCUUGAUCUUCUCCCUUGUUUAGCUCACAUGAAGCCAUAAUAAUAAUGCCAGUCUGGCUAUUAACCAGUUAGAAACUCCUCAUAGUCCAUAAUCAGAUGUGGAUAUGUAAAAUUUUUUUAUACAAGAUCAGCUUUUAGAAAAACUUUAGCUCACACAGAACAAGAACAAGAACAAGAGGUGAAAAACUAGUCAAGAGAAAUUCUAGUUGAAAUGAAAGCACUCUGAGCAUUAACCCAAGGCAUUUAUUAUUCUUUGCUUUUUCUGUCUGCUUGUGCCAGGAUUUUGAAGUCAGAUAGCCUAUUAUGUUUUCAUGAAAACCUUAUUUUGUGAAAAAGCAUAAAAAACUUUUUGGUAAAUUCCCUGUGCUUAGCAGGGGGUGAGUGUUCAAGGGGGGUGAGCUUCAAAAGCAGAGUUAGUUUUAAAAUCCUUCACGAAAGCAGCCAGUGAAAUAUCAAAGAACUUUCCUUAUUAUGAUAACUUUCAAGCACAGCUCUUCCUGUAAAUGUCCUGUCAUGUAUUGAAAAUAAAUUAUUAAGAAAUAUUGAGAUAACCAGCCAGUAUUUCUGCGAGACUAAACCCAUUGUUUGAAAUGAUGAAAACAGAAAUACCCAAACUAGAGGGAGCGCAGGGGAUCAACAAAUUUAAUGACAUGACUGUGAAAAACACAUCUCUUUUUUUUUCCUCAUGUUUCCUGUGUUUGUGCUGCAGGGGGAAACACGUUGUACCUGUGGCAGUUCCUGAUGGAGUUGUUGCAGGACCGGCAGGUCUGCCCCCGCUACAUAAAAUGGACCAAUCCCAACGCAGGAAUCUUCAAGCUGGUCAACUCAAAAGCUGUGGCCAGACUGUGGGGCAAACACAAGAAUAAGCCAGACAUGAACUAUGAGACAAUGGGCCGAGCACUCAGGUACAUCAAAAAUAUGUUACAACCGUAUUGAAGUUUUAUCAUGGCAUGAUUAUUAGAGGUGGGUGCAAUUUAUUGAUGUGUCGAUGCAUCCAAAUGCUUCACGUGACGAUUCAGCAUCGAUAAUUAACGUCAAUGCUUUGAAAAAAAAUAAUAAUAAUAACGUCGAUGCUUUGGAGAAAAAAAAAAAGAUACCGUUGAUGCUUUGCCGCAAGGCCAGAACAAAAAAAACACGUAACCAGAACCCUGACGUGUGUGCUGCCCGGACUGUUUAGUGAUUGGGACCACAACAAACAGGGCACAUUAGUUUCUUUGCAAAAUGGCAACAGCUUCAGCAGCCUCCAAAGAGCGGCAGAUUCUCUUGCCACCGGGGUUGACUGCAACCGUGUAGAAGUACUUUGGAUUUUAUGAGAGAGCAAACAAGAUGACUGACAAGCCCUACACAGUUUGCAAAGCAAAAAUUAAGUACCUCAACAACACCACAAACAUGAGGAAGCGCCUUAUACACUUUCAUCCCAAAACAGAGAAGGCUCCUCCGGUUGUGCCCGCCACACAGAGGACCAUCCUGGAGACUGUCUCCAAUCUUCUCAGUUUAAGUUAAGUCGGUCAAAGUGCAAAUGUUUACAUUACAGCCAUACAGUCAUAAAAUAAAAUAUUUUAUGUCUUACGAGUCAAAUGUUCAAAAAACCUUAUUUACUUCUUGAGUGUAGUUUUUAGAGGAACAGAGAUAAUAGAUAUUAUUUAUUUACAAAUGUAGCCACAAAUAAAGACAAAAUCAAUCUUGUUUGGGAAAAAGCCUUAUAAAUGGUUGACAGUCGAAUCGACAAUCAUUAUAAUCGAAGAAUCGAAGCUCCCAUAAUAGAUAUUGAAUCGAAUCGUGAGGUACCCUUGUUGGAACACCCCUAAUGAUUAUUCAUUCAGUAUGUUAACGCGUUGUUUAUAUAUUGAUUUGUUGCAGUAGUGCGACUGAAAUUUGACUUCUAAAAACCUCAGACCUCUCAUAGUUGGACUAACAUACCUGGAUAAUGUGGUUUGGGAUCAAUUUUCACUUCCAUGUAUACAGCACAGCUUCAGUUAGACUGAAACUGGCCUGACCGUUCUGCAUAUGUCCCCAGUGUUUGCACGCCAGACUUUGUGGGUAGUUGAAUUGCAUUAAUGCAUGAAUAAACCUUGACAGGUAGAGAACGGGCGCAACAAAAAAUGAACAUCUAUCAUACGAGCAAAUAGUAUGGAGCUGUAAGAGUGCUCGUUACUGUGUAGUACUUCCCUGUGUUUUCUUAUUUGUAAUUAACCCUUAAAAGCUUUAUGAAGGUACUACUACCUACAUGUGAGGUAUGUAACUCAUAUAACUCUGUGUUCAUAUAGGUACUACUACCAGAGAGGAAUACUGAAUAAGGUUGAAGGCCAACGACUCGUCUACCAGUUCACCUCUCUGCCCGAAGACAUGAUUUAUAUCACAGAGGGUGACGGCACCAAAGAAGAAGAGGAAGAAAAUGAUGAAAUCGAUGACAAUAGUGGCAAUGACGAGGGUGUGAGUGAUGACUCCGAUGACAGCACGAUACUCUCCAGUGACCAAUCAGUGGAGGAAGAGGAUUCACUCCCACCAAAGAAGAAGACAUCAGCUGGUUCUGUUCACACCCCCUCUGCAGCCCAGCGGUCCAGGCCGGCUCCCAGACCCUCAGCUCAGCGGGACACUGUUCUGCGACCCACAAAAAACAGCCUUAUCCAGGAGAAGCAUUUACCUAUAGUGUCUGCUGAGAUGCUGCGGACCCUUCAGAACCUGCAGAAGGUCCAGUCCCUUCAGCCUGGGGGUCACUCCUCAGUCUUCAAGACAGCCCAGCUGCUGGGAAGUCUGUGUGAACGACAGGCUGCUGCUGAAGGCACUGUGGACAGUCGGGACAGGCCGUCAAAGUCAGGACAGAAAACCUCAGAAUUGGAGACUCCAAAGCUGGUCCCACUGACCAGCUCUGACCUGUAAAAGGACCAAAGCUUUAUUCACCCAAAUACACACACACACAUACACAUGCACUUACACUCCACUGACUCAGGACCAGUAACAGAGCAGCUCUUUUCUGCAGCUGCACACCAGAGCCUUUAUUUCCAAAGAGUGUAAAACCUGAUUUAUAUUUCUGUGACGAAUCUGUGCAAAGCCUGGAUUGCAACACAUGAUUGAUUCAUUGAUCAACAGGGAUAAGUAAAAAAACAUUUACUUUGAUAGCAGGUUGGUUGUUUGGAGAUUUUCAAGCAUGGAUUUCAAUUCUUAGCUGGGCUGAGAUCUUCAAAGUAAGAAUUUUCAGCUUCUUGUUGUUUUGGCCUCAAUGUUGGUGUGUGUGGGCUGUUGGUUGCACCACUGUUGUUGUUGUUGUUGUUGUUUUUUACCAAGUAAGCUAAUAGGAACAGUUUUAGGACUUGGGACAUCAUCAUAAGCUCUAUUUGGUGUAGAUCAUGGAUGAAUUGCUUGUAAUCAUAAAAAUGAUCAGAUGAAUAGAUAAUGAUAAUAAUCAAACUUGCAGUCCUGGUGAACUUUAGAGGCAAAAACCAAAGCCUACACCAGGUAGCUGUUAGAUUUGACUAUUUUUCUAUAUAGCUUGGUUACCUCAAAAAUGCCAACUGGAAAUGUGUGGUUUGCAUCAGGGUUUAAUCUAGGGCCAGUGAAUCUUAACUUGUGUUGAAAAACUGCUACAUAGAAAGUAUGCAUAAUAUUUUGCCUAACAAUCACCAUCUUGGGUUAGUGGCACCCAAACAUCAAGGACAGCAUCCUCAGUAGUUCUGGUACCAAGCUACCAAGUGCACCAAUGACAACUAUGCAGUCUAAAGUGUCGUUACAUUCUGUUUAAGUUCACUCCAGGCUUUUGCACUGAUUAAGCACAAAAGUUCAAGUCAGGCAUCACAGUGGAGUAAUCCAUUCAGGAUUGUUUUUUGCAUUUUAGAUUAUUUUAUGAAUUAUUAGCGAAACACAUUCUGGAUCAUUGCAUCCCAUGAUUUGUGAAUAAGCAGGAACCAAAACCUUCUGCAGUUUACUUUCUAAGAAGAGGGAAACUAUAAAGCUCAUGUCUGUAAUGUCAGCCUUAAAUUCCCCAAAGCCAUUAACUAAGCCAAGACACCAAAGAAGACAGUCAUGCACUGGAAUCUACUGCCUCACUGCACCUUCUGCAGACACUCCUUCUGCUUGCACUGCACCCCCAGCGUCAUGCAGCAACAAUCUUCUCACCACACUGUGCCCUUGUUUCUCUGCCUUCAGCCUCGCUCUCUCCCACUCAGUUUCUUUCUGUUGUACUGUCACACGCUGAAUCAUUCCUCUGCCUUGAAAAUGGCUUUGCACUAAUGUUUACCUCUGCUGUAUGUUUCUCCUCUAAGUGCCUGGAGCUGUCAGUCCAUCCUGCCCCUGCUUCUUCUCCUGUUCCUGUAAUGUUGAGGUUAUUGAGGGAAGACAUUCCAUGUUAUUACUGUUUUUUUUAUUAUUAUUAUUAUUUGUUGAGAUUACUGAAUUAUGUUUGUGUUGUGAAAUGCUGAAAAUAAGGGAUCACUGUUAUUUUUAGAGUACUUCUUAGCACUUCUGCUGCUGUUUAUAGUUAAUGUAUCCCCAUAGUGGACCUUCCUUUGUUUGACAAUCACCAGUGAAUUUGGUCGUACAGUCUUUUAUUUAGCUACUGUAAACGCUACCAUUUAGCCUUUCUGCUAUGCACACACUCUGUUUAGUUAUGACACAUAUAUAUAAAUGUGCAUAUGGACCUCUGAAGCCUUGAUAUCAUUACAUGUUGUGUGUUAUAUACUGUAUGUAUGUAUCUAUGUAUGUAUGUGAAUAUGCUUGAUUUUGUGCCUUGUUGCCAUUUUCUCCCUCAGGUGUGUAAAAUGUGUUGUGUGCUCUAUGCAAGAAGUAAAACAGCUGUCUCUUUGUGAUGAAGUAAUGCUAAGCUCAGCCUCACAUAUCCAGCCUACAGAGCUCACCUCUUUAUGACAAAAACUUGCACCUGUUUAAUAUAGGCUGGCCUUUGUGAUGCUAAACUCUGUUAAGAUUUGUGCCUUUGCCUGGGAACCCUAUGCAGAAUUGAUUUCACUUUGUUACAGAGUAAAGCAUAAUUUUCCUUCCCCUCACUUUUGCUUCAUCUGGAGGUUUCUUAAUGCUUUAAGAUUUACAUAUGGAUCUGUAAGCCUGUAGCAGAGGGAGAAGUGGACUUUCUGUUGCCUUAUUUUGAGCUGUUUUUUCUUUUGUCUGAAAGUGUUGAAAAGACAUUAAACAGUGUAUUAUAUUCAAU